AUGUUGUCAAGAGUUGCACGUGGUCUUCUCAACACCUUACCAUCUGGGGUCUCUGCAGUUCGAAGUAGUUCCUCCUUCAAUUUUCUCGAUGCCUUUGACUUCAAUUCACAACUUACGGAUGAGGAACGAGAUCUCAUGUUCUCAACUCAUGAAUAUUGCCAAGAGAAAUUGCAGCCAAGAAUAAUUACUGCUUACCGUGAAGAGAAAUUCGAUCCCACUUUGAUACCUGAAAUGGGAAAAAUGGGACUUCUUGGAGCACCUUACCAAGGUUAUGGAUGCGCCGGAACUUCGACUGUUGGCUAUGGGCUUAUAGCACGUGAAGUUGAACGAGUAGAUUCAGGGUAUCGAUCGACGAUGAGCGUUCAGACCAGUCUAGUCAUUGGACCUAUUUAUAACUAUGGAACUGAAGAACAAAAGAAGAAAUAUAUUCCGGGUUUGGCUUGUGGAGAGCUCAUUGGUUGUUUCGGAUUGACUGAACCAAAUCAUGGUUCAAAUCCGGCUGGUAUGGAAACCAAAGCAAGGUGGGACGAGAAAACGAAGACGUAUCGUCUGACUGGCACGAAAACUUGGAUCAGUAAUAGCCCUGUGGCGGAUGUUUUUAUAGUCUGGGCCAGAAGUGAUAAGCAUAACAAUGAUGUCAAGGGAUUCAUCCUUGAAAAAGGAAUGGAUGGAUUGUCGGCUCCUAAAAUCGAGGGCAAACUCUCACUACGUGCUUCUAUCACUGGACAAAUUGCAAUGGACGAGGUUCCUGUUCCCGAAGCCAAUUUACUUCCAAAUGUGAAAGGCUUAAGUGGACCUUUUGGUUGCCUGAACAAUGCUCGUUUUGGCAUUGCAUUUGGUACAUUGGGUGCAGCAGAGGCAUGCUUCCACUAUGCACGGCAGUACGCUUUGGACAGACAACAAUUUGGGCGUCCGCUCGCUCAGACACAACUUAUACAGCUCAAAUUUGCUGACAUGUUGACUGAGAUCACCCUUGGAUUGCAGGGCUGUCUAAGAGUGGCUCGAUUGAAGGACGAAGGAAAAGCGACUCCCGAAAUGAUUUCUCUAAUCAAGCGAAAUUCAUGUGGGAAAUCAUUAGAAAUUGCACGAAAAGCUCGAGAUAUCCUUGGAGGAAAUGGAAUUGUCGAUGAGUAUCAUGUCAUGAGACAUAUGGUCAAUUUAGAGACAGUCAACACUUAUGAAGGUCAUUUUUCAUCCUAUUUUGUUAAUGUUCAGUAA